UGUUAAUUAUGGCUCUGUAAUUCACAUUCUUUUCAUGAAUGUUCAUGCAUGUCCUUUUCCCUAUGUUUAAUUUUGUCCGAUCUUCUUGGUUGAUGGGUUCUCAAUGUUUAAUUGAAACAAUGAGGAAAACAAAUAAAUAAAUUAUGGGUUUAAUCUUGUUUUUUGUGUUUUCCCCUUGUGUUUCUCAGCAUUCAAUUAGUGUAUUAAGUUGGUAAUUGUGUUGGGUUUUGAAUCUUUUUGAUCUGUUCUUGUUGUACACUGUAAAUUUGGCAUAGCAGAAUUGAAUGUGUUCUUUUAUGGGCUUAUUGUUGCCUUCUUUUCUCCUCUGUUUCUCAUAAUCCAACCAGAAUUAUUAACUUCGUAUCUUUAUGUCUCUUUUUUGUUGUGUUUUGGUAUGUUCCAUUGUGUACUGUGUGAACCUCUCAUAUCAGAAUUGAAUGUGUUCUUUUCUCUCUGGGUUUAGUCUCGUUUUCUUUCUCAGCAUCCAACCAGAUGGCUGAGAUUGAAGGAUGUGAUUUCUCGAGGUUUUCGGAUCGGCCGAGGCCAUUGAAUAUGGAGAGGCAGAGGUCAUGUGAUGAAAGGUCACUUAGUGAAUUGUCUGUUGGGCUUUCUCCACAUCCCUCGUAUAGAAAUACAGAUUUGUCUUUUCGAUUCGUGGACCAUUUUGAUGGUGCAUUUUCACCCGGUAGAAGGUCUGGAUUUAAUACCCCGAGGUCACAAAAUGGGUUUGAGCCUCAUCCGAUGGUUGCCGAGGCUUGGGAAGCUCUGAGGCGUUCGUUGGUAUACUUUCGCGGUCGACCAGUUGGGACAAUUGCAGCGUUAGAAGAGAGUGACGAAAAACUUAACUAUGAUCAGGUGUUUGUGAGAGACUUUGUUCCAAGUGCAUUGGCUUUUUUGAUGAACGGGGAGCCAGAAAUAGUCAAGAAUUUUCUUUUGAAGACUCUUCGUCUUCAGUCUUGGGAGAAAAAGAUUGAUCGAUUCCAGCUAGGAGAAGGAGUGAUGCCAGCUAGUUUUAAAGUACUUCAUGAUCCUGUCAGGAAUACUGAGACUAUAAUGGCUGAUUUUGGUGAGAGUGCAAUAGGAAGAGUGGCACCUGUUGAUUCUGGAUUUUGGUGGAUUAUAUUGCUUCGUGCAUACACAAAGUCUACAGGAGACUCUUCCUUGGCCGAAAUGCCUGAAUGCCAGAAGGGUAUGCGCCUGAUAAUGAGUUUAUGCCUUUCAGAGGGAUUUGACACAUUCCCUACCCUUCUUUGUGCUGAUGGAUGCUCUAUGAUUGAUCGUAGAAUGGGUGUUUAUGGGUACCCAAUUGAAAUACAAGCACUUUUCUUCAUGGCUUUGAGAUGUGCUUUGAUUUUACUCAAGCAAGAUGCUGAGGGGAAGGAGUUUGUAGAGCGAAUAGCUAAGCGUCUUCAUGCCUUGAGCUUUCACAUGAGAAGUUACUUUUGGUUAGAUUUGAAGCAGCUUAAUGAUAUAUAUCGAUACAAGACAGAGGAGUAUUCUCACACUGCAGUCAAUAAGUUCAAUAUUAUGCCCGAUUCUCUGCCAGAAUGGAUCUUUGAUUUUAUGCCAAAGCAUGGGGGCUACUUUAUUGGUAAUGUUGGUCCUUCAAAUAUGGAUUUCCGUUGGUUUUGCUUGGGAAACUGCAUUGCAAUCCUAUCAUCGUUGGCGACUCCUGAACAGUCUACGGCAAUCAUGGAUCUAAUAGAAUCACGUUGGGAAGAAUUGGUUGGAGAAAUGCCGCUAAAGGUUUGUUAUCCAGCUAUAGAAAGCCAUGAAUGGCGGAUUGUAACUGGAUGUGAUCCAAAAAACACCAGAUGGAGUUACCAUAAUGGAGGGUCUUGGCCAGUGCUUUUAUGGCUCCUCACAGCUGCAUGCAUCAAGACAGGACGACCCCAAAUUGCAAGACGCGCCAUUGAACUUGCGGAGAGCAGGUUGCUGAAAGACAGCUGGCCUGAAUAUUACGAUGGUAAGCUUGGUCGAUACAUUGGGAAACAAGCUCGAAAAUCCCAAACCUGGUCCAUUGCUGGUUAUUUGGUGGCGAAAAUGAUGCUUGAAGACCCGUCCCAUUUGGGUAUGGUAUCGCUCGAGGACGACAAACAUAUAAAGCCCCUCUUGAAACGAUCGGCUUCCUGGACUUUUUAGUACUUUUAGGUUUGAAGCUUCCUAGCUAGAAGUGGGGAAAAGAAAUUGAAGAAUAGUUUUCAGAGGCUUCGUCAUGAAAAAAGUAGAGAAGUGAAGCUUUGAAGUUUGUUCAUUCCAUUGCAGUUGAGAAACUCUUUCAGCAAAUAAGUUGUCUGUGGGAUGCACUUUGUAUUGUGCCCUUCAUACAGGCAAAAUAUUACAUUAGUUCUUUGAGUUAAUCUUUGCUCACUUUUGUGGUAUGUAGAUGGUAGUGGAGUUAUAUUUGGUGUA